UUGGGCUUGUGGUUGCUAUGCAUUUCACUUCCUGUUUUCCAUGGUGAUUGGUGAAUGCCUGGUGCUGUGAUUCUUGUAACCUAGUUUUCUUGCAUGUGGUAGCUGUUUACAUUUCUCUGUGUUUAAUCUCUGAUUUCUGCACUAGCAUCCACAUUAAAAAUAUUAUUUUAACCCUAUUCAAAUGCAAAGUGAGCUACUCUUUGUAACUUCUCAGCACCUAAACAUGAUUGUUUUUUUAACACAUUAGUUUUCUAACAGUUUAGUGGUAGAUUGUUAGUGCAUUUAAAUAAAAGGAGGUUUUUUUGUGCACUUGUACACAAAAAAACAGUUCUAUUGGUAAUUGGAAUUGUGAUGCUUCUUUUCUUUUUCAAAAUGCUUUUAAUCGGUGCUUUUGAAAUGCUUUCAAGAAUACUUAAAAAUAGAUUAUUUGCUCUAAACGCCAGACAGCACAGUUUAUCUAGAAACUGUCGGCUGGGAUUUACAGAGUACUGUCUAGUAUCCUUUUAAAUUAAAUACUUUACAUUUUUCUUGAAAACAUUUUUUCCAAAUUUAAAACAUUUACUUUAUUUAUUCUUUGGAGAGUUUGUCAGCAUCAUGUUCAGGGAAUAUUACAUAUGCUUGUUUAUUUUAACUCAAUAAAUUGUACAUGCCCCCAUUUUUUCAAUUUCCCAUAAGGAAGUUUCCUAGGCUAAGAGGAGCCUCUUGGAAAUGACUAAUAAGCAUCUUUGCAAAAAUUUCCAAGGGAAAUCUGGUAUUGUGCUGUGAGGGUUUUUUUGUUUUUCUUUUUAUUAAUAUUACUUAUAAAUGCAAGGAUGUUGUAGGAUUUUUUAAGAAAAGAAACACAUAACUCUUUUAUAUCUCUUCCUUUUUUUUUUCUUUAUGCUGAUUUUUUUUUUCAGAGAGGACAAAUCAUGUUUUUGUUCUAACUGAAAAGCAAAAUGUUUCAGAAAGUGAUUUCAUAGUACUAAGUGGUAAGCACUGUGGAUGCUUACCACAGUCCUGGAACUACAGUGUCUAAAUAACGGACUGGCUUUAUAACAGGCCUGUUUGACAGAAGCAUUUGGUUUUCAGUAUGUAGUGGGCAGCAUGCUGGCAAGCUUGUAUGGCUGUUGGUGGCUGGCUUUUUAGCUGCACUGGCUGAGCAGUUGGGAUUCAUGAAGAACAACUAAGACUUAAACAUACUGCUUUUUAACCAACGGUGCAAUAAUACAGAGAUAUGUAGUAAUGUAAGACAAAAUUAUCAAACCUGGGUGCCUAAAGUUAGACAUCCAAAGCCAGAUUAAGGCACCUAAGUGGCCUGACUUUCUAACAUGCUGAGCACCUGCAGCUCCCAUUAACUUAGAUGAGAACUGUGAGUUCUUCGGACUAUGAAAAUCUGGAAGCUUAUUUAGAUGUCUGAAUGUAGAUUUAGGAGCCUAACAAAAUGUUGUCCUUAAGUUUUUUUGGAAAAGUUAUAAAUAUGUUUUUUAUGACUCCAGCUAAAAUAUAAAAAUACACUAUUUUAAAACAGAACUAUUCUUUAUUACUGCACCUGUUGUAUGAUUCCUCCUGAAGCUUUUCACAGAGCAAGGCAGAAAACUAAACCCCAGUGAUAUUUAAAUAUUCCCUUUUCUUAGGCUACUCUGUAGGCAUUUACAAUGACUAGACAUCAAAAAAGUUUUUGCUAAGGUUGUUGAUUUUUAAGGUGCUGGCCUAAAAGGGAGCAGCCUGCUAGUAUUAUUAGUAUUAUCCAUCUUUUACGUAAUGGUUUUUUAAAGCCUACGCUCUCAGAUGAGUGCAGAAUAGUGGGUUGCAGCUCUUUUAGAGUUGAGUAAGAAGCUCUGUAGUGUAGCAGUGAAAUUAACUCCACAGUUCUGGUGCUAACAGCUCCUUCCACUCUCAUGCCUUACUAAUUCUGGCGGUUCUCCACAAGACAGUCCCUUCAGGUCUCUGGAAAAUGUAUGUAGCAAUGAUACAGAAAGCAUUUUUUUGAAAGGGGCAGUAUCUUUAAAAUUCAAAUUUGCUAAAAGUUCUGUGAAUAGAGCAGCACAAGGAAGAAAAUGGGCCAGAGAAACACAUUCUUAAAUUUUGCUCUGAGAAAUAAGCGGCUCUGGUCACAAAUCAUAUAACCAGCCCUUUUCACUAAGAGGAAGGGGAAGGGGAAACCCAAGACUUUGCCUGUUUCUCCCGUCCCUUAAUGGGAGCAGUUUUAUUUUAUCUCCAGUGUCCUAGCCUCCCUAUGGGGCUGGUUUCUAUGAGCCAGUGACAGUAUUUGACCUCUCGCCCUAAAACAAAGGGUGUCUAGCAUGUGGAGGGGAUGAGCACAUCCAUGAUUCUUCCCAAGCAGAUGGCCCACCACUGCUGCGUUCUUCUUGGUAAACUUGGCAGGUUUAAGUAGCAGGGCCUUCUGGCUGUACUUGCCUCUUAUAAUGUCUACACAGUCCUAUCCAGAUAAAAUACAGCUUCCACAGAUUUCUUUUUCCCAAAAAAUGGAGGAGUUUAAGUUUUGAGGAGGAAGCUAGUUGCUGUGAGCAAGGCAGCUAUCAUUCUACCUGCGCUUUAGGAAGAAUCUCACUUCUCCAGAUGUUUUGUAUUAGAAGGAUUGUCUGAUUCAUGCAGCAAUAAAAAAUUCUGCAUCUAGCCACCCACACUGCCCAGCAUACUCUGAAAAUAACCUUCAGGAAAUUAUUAGAAUGGAAGAACCAGAUAGAUUUUGGCAUCCAAGGAAUUUACAUUUACUUUCUGUGCUGUUUUAGCAUCAGUCUGGAAUGUCCCCCAGAACACAUAAGGGAGGUUAUGCAUUUUGUUUCUUGUAGGCAUGGAGGCGCUAGUAGUUUGCUAUAUGAGAAUCAUCACCAGCAGUAUCAUCUUUUUCUGUUGCCUUUCAGAUGGCUUUGAGCAUCACUCAACAAGUAAAAGCUAACUGGAUGCAUAGUAUCUGACAUAAGAAUGAAUAUUAUUAAUUCUGUAUCUUAGCUCCUGCAUUAACUAUUGUUGGCCACUCAUGCAGUCCUACAUGGAGCUAAUACUAGCAAUUACUUUUUUGGAGAAUAGUUUGGGUAGUAUUCAGGGAACCAGUCAACACUUACAAAUAUAUAUGCCUCCAAUUUCUUAAUGAUUGCAUGAGGAGAAAAUCAUGUUAAUGGAAAGAAUCCAAGGAUGUUUCCUGUCUGUCCAUAAUUACUCAUUCAGCUCAAUUCCUGAUUAAUGAUCUUCCUCAAGUUCUUCAUCUCAUGUAAUAAAACUAUUCCCUAAGAUGCUUCAGCUACAGAGUGUCCCAUAUAAACCUGGUAACUUUCUAUGGAGCAGUUCAGCAAUUGCUUUAUUGGUGUUUCUAGGGGUAUUUGGGAUUGAACCAGCACUGGAGCAUGCAGGACUUCAAGCUGGUGGUGCUUUAUGGUAGAUGUACUGCCCUAGCCCUUAGUCCAGUUAUUCUCAACCUUUGAAGGGUACUGCAGGAGGUGUGAGGAGAUGAGCACAAGCUUGGCCACUCCCCACCAUCACUGUCCUGGCCCUCUGCAAGAACAUAAGCACUGUAAUAAAUAAUUCAGCUUUUGAAAUGGGGUAAUAUUCAAUUCACACAAGUUAUGGAGGGAUGCCUUGAGUCUAAUGAGGGGCACCUUGAAUCUGAAGAGCUUGAAAAUCACUGCUGUAAUCCAUCUCUUGGCCAGUAAUUUUUGUUGUUCCUAGCUAUUAUGUUGGACUGUAGGGCUGCCUAUACAGGUGUUUGGAGGUGGUGGUGGUGGUGGGGUGUUUUCAUUAGAAUGGUUCCUGGGCAGCCACUCUAGUUAAAAUGCCUCAGCAUCCCAUAUAUUAAGCUUCUACAUGUUUAAAAAUGGCUGCAGGAUGCUGUAUCUAAACCUCAUUCGACAAGGUUUAGUUCAAGAGCCCUGUGGCUAUUUUUAAAUGCAGGAAGGCUUCAUACACAUGACGCUGUGAUGACGCUGGAGUAUUUUAAUUGGAGCACAGAGCAGAGUAUUAAUUGAGUCUGCUCCAACAUGUUCUAAUUAGAAUGCCAACAAGCAUGUGCAUAGGCAGCCAAGGGGUCUGACUACUUACCCCAGCAAGACAUGGGUCUCUUGCCUUGUUCAUGGUCUUAUAGUAAACAACUUUUGAUCUGAAGGUACCUUGUAGGUUUAAUUUAAACCGGAAGAUCAUUCUACCUACCCUUUAUCUAAACCAAGCUAAUGAUAAGGAGAAUAUUUGGCACUCUUGCUAAGGAAUUUAAGGCAUCUGAUCUUAUGAUUCUCCUCUGCCAGGAUCCCAGCUAUCAGUGCCCUAGGAAUUGGGUGGUAUAAUGUUGAAGCUCACCUAACUGAUGAUAUUUCUUACCUCCUCACUGUAAAGUCUGUUUGGCAGGGCCAGUGUGCCUGUAAUGUAUGCCAACGGCUGCUCCAAAUUGCUGGAAUUUAGCUUACAAGGAGGAGAUGUUUUAUCUGUUAAUGUUAAUACUACAUCUCAGAGACACCAAUCUAGAAUGUCUCACAGAUCUAUUGCCAGUAAGGUUUAACAUUCUAGUUCCUUGUAGGCCAGGAGACUAGAUAAUCUAGUUUUAGGGGUCUGAUGUUCCCCUCACUCAGAGUGUGGAAAUUUCAUCUGGAGAAAGAGGAAAGAGCACGCAGGAGAAGAAAAUUCUUUGGGUAUCUAUACACGUGCUCUGGGGUGGACAGCAUUGGGGUGAGGGAUGCUUUAAUCAGAGUGGCUCUCAGAUGGGUUGCAGCCUUUUCUCUCAGAGCCGCACUAAUUAAAGCACCCAUAGUAUCGUGUAUUCAGCGUCCUGCACCUCAGAAUGGCAGUGGGGAAAUUUUAAUUAAAGCUCAUUCGAUGAGCUAAAACGUUAAAGCACCCCUGCCGCCAUUUUGAAAUAGAGGAUGCUGAAUACACACAGUGCUGAGGCUGCUAGAGGACACUAAUUAGCACACUCCAGCAGACUCAAUUAAUUGAGCCUGCUCCAACACAUGCUAAUUAGCACGGGUCAGAGCAGCAGUCCAUCACGUGUAUAGGUGCCCUUUGUGAUAGAACUUAUAAGGGAAUUGUUUUUGAAGACAGCUACUCUUACUCAGGUGGAAAAGGCUGCAACCCAUCGUUCUGAAGACCAAGAAACAACUGUAUCAGGGAAAAAAAUUCUGCUUUGCUUUCUCCACAUUGGUAGUGGAGCCAAAUCCUUGUAUCUGCUAUUGAAGUCAAUAGGAGUUUUGCUUAAAUAAAGAAAGAGACUGCAUAAUUUGAGUAAGAGUCUCUUUGACUUUGAUUUCAGGUAUUCUUUCAUAGUAUAAGAUUAAUUAAAGAGCAAAAAGAAGCAUUAAAAUACCUACAGUUCAUACACAUUACAUGUUUUAAAAUCCAUUAUUCUACAUUCCACAUUGAAAGAUAAAAACGAAAAUAUUGUUUUCAAUCAUAGAAUGCUAAAGAUAGCUCUAUAAUUUUUAAAUGAACAAUGAUAAAAGCCUUGAAAAAUUCCCUUUGAUGUGAAUGGAGUCUUCAGCAUUUUGAAAUACAAUAAGAUGGAUUAAUUGCUACUCAUUAGGCAGCAAGUUGGGACAGCUUUGAAUGCGCAUUCUCUUCUUGGCAUUAGCUAUUGCCUGGCUGAAAUAGCCAGCUUUUGUAUUUACUACUGUCUUCUCUAAUAAUAAGCAAAUUGGAGAUCGGGGCUAGAAACAUUCAAGUGCUCUCUAUCUUUUGUCCAGAACAAUUGUAUAUUUUCAUGAUUUGUUUAUCUUUUUUGAGCUGCAGCUAAUAAUUGCAAAGGUUAUUUGAAUCAAUACAGUAUAUGAGCAGAAAUAACAUCUGCAAAAUUACUUAUUAGGAAACUAUUUUAUGUUAGUGUUACUGUAAUAUCCACUUUGUGAGCAAAUUGCUGUUUCUUCUAUAUCACAUUAUAUUUUUCUCCUACAAGAAAAGUUUUGUCUUAGAAAUAAUUGUGUAGGUUGUAGGGUUUCUUCAAUUCAUAUGCUCUUCUGUUGUGCUUAAUUUUCUUAUGCUUAGAUAUUAUUCAAAAUCUAUAUGGACAACAUGGUAUUGAUAGUCCUGUUUAUCAUUCUAGGAUAACAGAUCUUUUUUUUGUGGUAGAACUAGUUUAUACUGAUUAAUUGAAUUAUUCUAUUGUUUAUGUUGGAAUGAAAAAAGUCAAGCAAGAAUCCUAAUGUGCCUGUCAAGUAAAACUCUUCUUUUACCUUAAGUGGGGUUCUUUUUGCAUUUUAAAAAUUGUAAUUUUAUGAUUUAGGGGAAUUGUUCUCAGCUAAUGCGACACCAAACUGAAUGCGUUUAAAAACCCAAGGAUCUGAUUCAUUAAAAGAUAUAUUUUCCUUCUAUAUUAGAUUCUUACAUCUUGCCCAUUACACACACAUGUGCGCACACAGAUUUAACAAGUAGAGUCUGCUAAAUGCCAUGAGUUGGAUUCUGAUUGUGUUUACACUGUUGAAAAUCUAGUAACUUGAGCAUAAUUAUCCCAGGUUGUCAUCUGAAAAGCCAGCCCAAUGCUCCUAUAUAUAUAUAUAUAUAUCUCCAUCUCCAACUAUCAGAAUUCUGUAAUGGGGGAGAGAGAUUAUAUUUUAAAAGUGGCAUCCGCAAUCUAUGAUUUACCAGGGUGUCAUUCUUUGGCAGCAGCAAUCCCAUCAGAGUUCAUAAAUUAAGUAAGGUUAGGCCAGGUCAGUUCUGGAUGGGACACAUUUAAAGAAUACUUUAAGCUGCUGCAGGAAGUAAUGGUGUUGAUACAGCUGGAGACACUCUUCCCUCUGAGGCUUUAACGUAUGCCAUUAUAUAGUUGAGUAACUUCAUGGAUUUCAGGGGCCUUAUUUCAGAUUUAUAUAGCAGUAUGCAGAAGCAGGCACCCUAUCUCAGGCAAGAUAUAAAAUUACAUUUCUAAUCACUUGAGGUCAUUGAAGAUCCCAUAGCAUUCUCUUUUAAAGCAGGGGCUCUACCUAUUUGUCUCAGUCAAAUUCCAGCUCAGGUAAUUAUUGUAAGCUGCCUGCUUAAAUUCCUCCUGCAGUUUUAAUUGGAUAGAGCUGUUUUCACUUUCUUUCUUGUGUAAUGUUGCUGUGGUAUUAUUAAUCAUUUACUGUGCUUCCCCCUAGAAAUGGUUGCAUUUUAAGGCAGAUAAAGUGCUCCCUUUCUACUUAUUUUUCAGGCUAGGUGUGGCUGUAUGCUCUGUGUUUAGUUUGUUUGGUUUUUUGAGGGGGAAGUGAGCAAUGUUAGAUAAGGACAGCAUGUCAUACUCUUAUUUAAAUAAAAAUGAAUCUCAAAAUGAGAUUUUCUUUGACUCUUUGGAAGAUUAGUGUCUUAGGCCUAAAUUAACAGGUAUAGAUCAGUUGCUACUCUCACUGACUUCUACUGGAGGAAAGAAUACUCGGCAUCAUUUUAAAUCAUGGCCUCUUGUCUACUUGUAUUUGUUUUUGAAAUGAGAAAGUAGUGUAGGAAGGCGUUAUUUAACUAUGAAAAAGCUGCCUUUCUCAUAAUCUUAACAAACUGUGCAGGGCCAAAGACAAGGCCAAACUCAGGCUGAUUCUAAUUAAUUUUUAUUUUUGGUAGAAUUCUUAAAUCUAAUUAAACCAACUGAAAAAUAGGACAACAGAGACUUUCAGCAGUCUGUGAGACUGUCACUCUACUCCAGUGGUUCUCAACCUUGCUAGACUUGUGACACCCCUGGGUAGGCCUGUGGAACCCCUUGGAAAAUACCAGCUCUCGGUUUUCACUCUUUUUUUAACUACAGAAAAAUAAUAGUUUUUUCUGUUGCAAAGGGCUCAGAAAGACCCCAACUAUGGAUUUCUAUUUGAAAUGUCUGGGUUUAUCUUGUGAAACAUGUUUGCAAACCUAAUAGUGCUAACAUUGCAUGGCACUCCACGACACCCUUGAAAAAAUUUCAAGACACCCCUAGGUGCCAUAGUACCCUGGUUGAGAAUUACUGCUCUACUCCUGGAACUGUUUUCCCACCAUCUCAUCAGUUCUGACCUUUAUCGUCUGUCAACCUGACUGAAAAUGUACCUAUUCAAAGUGGGUAAAAUUAAUUGCCACUGUAAAAAUGCAAAUAGUUUAGCAGCACAUAGCAGCAACACAUAAUCUUAAUUAUUUGGAGACUUCAUGCCAUAAUGAGAUUUUUAAAAAAUAAUUUCUUUUUUGGGGGCCUCUAGAAUAAUUUAAAUAUGCUCUCCAUUGUAUAUUCCCUAUAACUGCUCCAGUAAUUCAGAAAUGCAAUAGUCAUAUCACUAAUAAAGCAUAGCGGCCUUCCAACCAACUACAGAUAUUAUCUUGGCACUUGCUCAUAUGUAGAGCAAACUUGUAUAUGAAAAUGAAAAUCUCUCAAAGCUUGUUUUUUGGGUUUUUUAAUUAAUUAAUUAAUUUUUGUCUGUGAGAGUUCAAUUCACUGUGGCAUGAGUAAUGGUCAGAAAUGCAUUUCUGUCCCAAGCCAUGCAUUUAAAUAUUUACCUCCAUUAUGUAUAACAAAGACAUGGUAGGAUCAAAGCAAUAUAGGUUUGGGAGUGUUAGAAGGACCGAGCACUUGGCUUUACAUUAGUGGUUGUCAACAUUUUUGGACUCAAGGCAUCCCUCUGAAAAUGCCAGCUCUUUAGUUUUCACUCUUUUUUUUGACUACAGAAAACUAAUGGUGAAGUUGUUUUGUUCCAAAGAACUCACAAAGACUGCAACAGAUCAGACCAUUAUUGACAGUAUGGAUCUGUAUUUGAAAUCUCUGGGUUUAUCUUGUGAAUCAUGUUUACAUACCUAACUGUACUAGCAUUGAGAGGAUCUCAAAGCCACCCAGGGUGCCGCAGCACCUUGGUUGAGAAGCACUGUUUUCCAUGAUGGCACUGGAUUUAUUUUAUAUACAAGAGAAGAAGCUGUGCAGGAAACUGCUGGCAAUUAGACCAGAAGCACAGUAGGAGUUUCUGGUGAUGACAUGAUAAUCACAAGCGCAGAGUUCAUUUAGUUCAGGAGGUUACUAGGAUCAAGAAGUUUGUGUGUAUGCUGUGUCACUUGGCUCACAUACUUCUCAUGCAAGAUAUUGCUCUCUUCUGCAUGUUUGCUUUUGCAAAGAUUCAGCCAACUGUACAUGAGAUUUAAAGUGUUGACUUCUUCAAACCUAAUUUUAGGGAUGUGCCUAAGUAAGGACUGAUGGAUGGGACUCCAUGCCUACAGUCUUUAAGUCAGAAAUUAAAGAAACCACAGAUAUUGCUUGAGGGCCAUAUUCUUACUUUUACGUGACUUUUCAUUUACAGAGUUUCUUUCUCGCUGUUGAACAGCUAAAGAGAUUGGCCCCUUAAACCAGCAGAUCUCUUGAAAACUACAUAUAUCUUAGGGAACUGACUCCUUGUGUCCCCUUUAUAGCAGACCUGCUGUCCAUUUAUCCCUAACAGUUUUGCAGAAGCUGUGUUGCACACUCACUAUUCCCUAAAUUGGACUAGCAGGAGUAGGUACAGAUGGGUCCACAGGUGUUAAUAUUGCCUCUAAAAGCACUAACACCUUCUCAGAUUUCAGCCUUUAAACCUGAAGGGUGCAAAGCUACUGAGAACAACUACUCCUCUGCUCCACCUGCUGCCCUAAUAAACCAGCAGAGGACCAAAUAUGUAAAGCUUUAUCCAACAGAGGAACUUCCUCAGGGUGUCACAGAGCUCAGGGAUAUGUACUUCAGGACUGAUACCCUUCGGCUAGGAUCUACUGUUCUUGAGAGUGAGGAAGGAUAUUUUUAUUAUUAGUUUUAAUGAAUCAGUCCCUUGGUGCAAAUGAUUUACUUGCUUAUGCCUAAGAUUUAAGAUUGAGCAAAAUGUUCUUCCUUUGUCUCUUCUUACACUGUAGAGUAUUUUACUAAAAACCUGCUAUUGUGCACAAACAUUUUAACAAACUGUUUGUUGUUGUAUCCAGGUAACAAGCAUGGAUCAGACUGCAAAGGACAAAGCACUCCAACACAUGGCAGCAAUGUCAUCAGCUCAGAUAGUAUCAGCUACUGCUAUUCACAACAAGUUGGGCCUGCCAGGAAUUCCCCGUCCUACAUUUCCUGGUGCACCUGGGUUUUGGCCAGGAAUGAUACAAACAGGGCAGCCUGGAUCCUCGCAAGAUGUAAAGCCAUUUGUUCAGCAGGCCUAUCCUAUACAGCCAUCAGUCACAGCUCCUUUAUCAGGAUUUGAGCCUGCAUCAGCUCCAGCUCCUUCAGUUCCCGCUUGGCAGGGCCGAUCAAUUGGUACAACCAAGCUCAGACUGGUGGAAUUCUCAGCUUUUCUUGAACAGCAGAGAGACCCAGAAUCCUACAACAAACACCUCUUCGUACACAUUGGACAUGCCAACCAUUCUUACAGUGACCCAUUGCUUGAAUCGGUGGACAUUCGUCAAAUUUAUGACAAAUUCCCUGAAAAGAAGGGAGGUUUAAAGGAACUGUUUGGAAAAGGGCCUCAAAAUGCCUUCUUCCUAGUAAAAUUCUGGGCUGACUUAAACUGCAACAUUCAAGAUGACACAGGAGCAUUUUAUGGAGUAACCAGCCAGUAUGAGAGCUCAGAAAAUAUGACAAUCACCUGUUCCACCAAAGUCUGUUCAUUUGGGAAGCAAGUAGUAGAAAAAGUAGAGACGGAAUAUGCAAGGUUUGAGAAUGGCCGAUUCGUGUACAGAAUAAAUCGCUCUCCGAUGUGUGAAUAUAUGAUCAACUUCAUACACAAGCUCAAGCAUUUACCAGAGAAAUAUAUGAUGAACAGUGUGUUGGAAAAUUUUACAAUUUUAUUGGUUGUAACAAACAGGGAUACGCAAGAAACCCUACUCUGCAUGGCUUGUGUAUUUGAAGUUUCGAACAGCGAACACGGAGCACAACAUCACAUCUACAGGCUUGUAAAGGACUGAAUGGUUAUUUAUAUAUACACUUCAUUACACUUCUUUAUCAAAACACAGACUGUAAACCUCAAUACUAAGUGGCAGUGCCUCUGGCCCAUCUUUCACCCACAUUUUUCUAAAUCCUGUUUUAGUGAAGUCAUUUUUAAUGUGUUCAUAUAUAAUUGUAGCUGUGAAAUUCUGGUACAGUUGUAAAAAAUUCUUUCUAAAACUAAGUAUUCUUCAAAUUUGUAAACCACAGUUCUUUGGGAAGACUGUAUUUAAGAACCUAACACCUCUGUCUGUGGAGGUUUAUUUUUAAUUGUGAUAGAAAAAUGUAUGACAGAGCAGUUGCCAUGGGGAAAACGUACAGAAUUUAUAAGAAUUUAUUUCCUUUUUGUUUCCAAAAAAAUUCUUGUUUUACGAUGCAAAUGAAAUUGAAAUGAAUCCUAACUAUAAAUGUAAAUUAGUACACAAAGUUAAUAACCUUUAUAGAAUUAUCUUUGUAACCAAUUAGGGUGGAAGAUAUGGACGAAUGUAAUCACUAAAUUUAUUUUUUACAAUGAAACAUUUUUCUGUUUGAAACCAAAUGAAAAAUACAGCCUUAAAAAAAUGCCUGAUAGAAACAGACAGGUUCUCAAAUUAGGCAAAUUUUGUAUUUUUUUCUCAACGUUGAAACUAAUCUUUUAAUCCAGUAAGCUUUCAAACAGGUAUUGCAGAGAAAGAAAAUAUCAUCCCUUAUCCUUAACAUAUGUAGUGUAUUUUAAAAGAAUAUAAAGUUGUAUCGUACUAAUAAGAGAAUUUGAUUAUUUAAUGAAAAAGAUGGCUCAUUUUGCAAUAAGUAGUUAAUUACUGAAAAUUUAGGCCAACAAUAUAUGUAGUCUUGCGUGUGCGAUUAUAUUUUAUAUGGACAACUAUGUUUUCUAUAAAAUUGAGCGAAAACUUUGCAACACUGAAAUUAACAAACGUAAGGGGAAAUAAUUGACAUUAUUACGUGUUGUGAAUAAUCUAUCAAUUAAACCAGUAAUGUGGUUGAGAGAAGAAUACAUAUGCCAGUAAAAGGCUUACUAGCUUUAAUAUCUUUGAGAUGCUAGAAAAAUCACAACCAUCAUCAGGUAAAAAGAGAUUGGAGAGCUGGAGAGUUUUCUCCUUUUUCUUAUUGCUCAUGAUGCUCUUCCACCUGUACUAUCCCACUAUGCCCAGAGCCUCCAAAAGAAAUGGUGCAAUUGGAACUGUCAGGGGGAGCUUAUAGGACACAGAAAUUAUUGUGACUUGGGGUCUGCUCUGCAUUCACAUUCAGAGCACACAGGUAUGUAGCAGUGUUCAUUCCUCUGGUGAAUACAUUAAGAAGUGGUUAAUUCAGGGAAGAUUCUGAAUUGUUUAUUAAAAACCCACUGGAAGAGAUUUUGAUAGUAAGUAAGGAUCUGAAAUAUGGACAUGGGGGUGAGUGGUUAGCUGAGGUACUUGUGUUGUUAUACAUACUUGUUUCUUACAGGCUAAACUGGUUUAUAUCACAUUUCUGUUUUUCUUCUGUCUUCCUUUCAGCCACGCCCUUUCACUUUUAAAGAAACACAGUCAGGAUUAGGUUAUAAGAGGGAUAUGUGUUCUAAAAUGUGGCAGACUAUCUGGCAAACUGCGCAUCCUAAUGGGCUGUCUCGAGCCCUGGUUGUGAGAUAAGACACGUAUUUCUGCUGCAGAUGUUGAAAAACAGCAUUGAUUUGGAAUGCUGUAGGUCUUGGCAAACCACAAAUGGGUCAUUGAAGAUGUGUUCAGCAGUUCCCCACCCAACUGCCAUUUCAAAUACAUGUCUGUGUGCAAUUAGAGGCCUGGCUUCACCCCCAGGUAGAGUAUUGUAUACUUCAAAAAAGUCAGUCAGUUAUCACUGUAUGACCAUUAAUGAAUACUGGCUAGGGGAGGGAACGGCAUUUGUAAUAUGCAGCAUGUAGCUGGUUGCUAUAGGCCUGCAUCAGAUCAUAUUAUCUUUAAUGCUGUUAGGACUUACAUUGGAGGAAGAGACUAACAUCUGGAUGAGGGCUGAGAUUCCAUAGGCUAUGAAACCUCAGAUCUGACUGCAGUAGGCAGAUGAUUGCUGUGAUGUCUAGCUGUCAUAUUAUCUAGCCACUCAUGGAUGUUAGGGCUGAUGAACCUUUUAGCUGUUUAUAUUUUGUGAAUUGUAAAUUUGAUGUCCAUAAUAGGGUCUCUUAAGUUGCAGCACUAACUCUCACAUCAAGGAAAGCACUGCAUUGUAACAGCCUAAUGGUAGCCCUUUAUUUUAAGCACUUGGUGUUACAAGUCAAACUAAUUUUUUUUGUCUUCUGUUUUGUUUUGUUCUAAAUUUGUCUCUUAUUUAGGUUUUUGAAUUGUGGUUUGGGUGGUUAUUGUUUAUAUAUAUAUAUAUAUAUAUAUAUAUAUAUAUAUAUAUUGAUAUAGAUAUAGACAUCUAUAUCUAUAGGGAUAUAGAUGUCUUUAUCUAUAGAGAUAUAGCAAGCAAAUUCCUUAAGGCGUAUAAAAUAUGUAAAUCAUUUUGCAAAACCAGGUACUGUUCUUUUGUAAAAUCUGGCACAUUACAUAUGUCAUAACUAGAAGGUAUCAAAAGUCACAAUGUUUAUUGGUGUUCACAUGUGUAAUGUUAGGAAAAAAAUAUUUGCAUUGUCUUUACUUUACAUUUAUGUAAGUGAUCUAAACCCUGUACAUGUUCAUACUUAAAAGCCUUAAAUCCUUCAAAUGUUCAGUGUGGGGUGUGUAGUCCAAAAGGCUGCCUGUAAACUGUGAGCUCUUUUGUAAGCUGGAAGAAUUUAUCCUGUUACUGUUACUUUUUCUAGGAACUUUUUAAUUCAGAGCUGCCAAAGCAUUACAAUAUGCAGUGCCUUAGUGUUAUAUUAGCAGUACCUUUAGCCUCUUGCAUCAAUUUUCUAUAUUGUUUUAUUAAUUGGUCCCAUUUAAAAUAUAUAUAUAUUUCCCAUAGAAAAGUCCUUUGACUACUGGUCUAAAUUCACCAACCUUCAGUGCAAGUCAGUCCCAUUACUACACAGUUAAAUGUCUAUACCAAAAUGAAAAGUUACAACUUAAUAGUUUUCUGUGAAAAGUGAAUUGUACUAAUAAUGCUGCCUUUUUAAAUUUCAUGACCAAAUAAUUAACUAAUUGUGACUUCUGCACUCUAGCAUGAAAGUGCCUUUGGUUUGAAAUUCCAGCUUAGAAAAGUGCUGCCAUAAUAAUGACAAUUUGUAGAAAGACCAAAAAUAUUUAGUGAUCACCGUAAUGCCUUUGGUUUAUUGGAAUAAGUUAAACUACAGGCCUCCAUUCACAAAAGAGCACCAUUUAUAGUAAUGUGAUUUUGCUAAUCACCGGACUGAAUAAUGCUGGAAAAUAAUCUACAUGUUGUUUAACUGUUUGUCAGAGUUUUGCAGCAUUGCAAACCAGCAACUGAUGUUUAGAAUUUAAAACAGUCAGUGAUUCCCAUUUUUCAUGUCUUCAUUCAGUCUUGCAUCUGAGUAACAUGAUGUCCAUAUAAAUUGCAGACCUUCAGAGAGUGGACAAGUGUGACUUUAUUGUUCUCUUCUAAUAAUAUUUCAGUAUCUGUGAAGAUCUUUUCUUUAUACAAAAUUUGUUUACAAAGUUGAGCCUCUGAAAGUUGGAUGCACGAAAUUUGAGAUGAAAAUGCAGAACAGAAAUUAAUUAGAAUAAUUGCAUUUUAACAUGUGUUUUUUAGCAUCAAAAUGUUAAGCAUAAGCAUUAUAGAAGGUGUUGUAUGGAAAACUGGACAGCACUAUUUGAAAUGCAGGGUUUUUUGUUCUUUUUCCAAAUGAUGUCUCAGUGGAGGAAAAGCAGCUCCUUCAACUAAUGUGUCUGGUUUUGACACCUUCUGUGAAUUGGGGCCACACUUAACACAAGAAGUACAAUUGAUAGGACAAAGAGCAGGAUUUUAAAUAAAUAAUAUGAACAAAUAUCAGCAAAACCAAAAGCUGGCAGAGGAAUUAUGUAGUUGUGCAUACAAUUUUAAUGUGAUUUUUUUUAAAUACUUGAUGAAAAAUAAGAUUAACUUUUUAUAUAUAAAUAUUGUGACACUGUGGUAAAUAUUGUGAUAAUUCACGUUCCCCAUCUCUAAAAUAUUAUUUUUUGUUAUCCCUCCAAUGUCUGAUUCUCAUUUUCCUUCCUCACAUAAGUUGUCCUGUUGUACUAAGGAUGCUGAGGUAAGGCAUGGGGGUUUGGGGCCCCAAAAGUACAGGAUAUAUUUUCAGCUAUUGUAUGUAACAGCUGAAACAAACAUUUGAUAACAAUGGUUAUAAACUGCAGUUUAUUGCAAAGUAAACUUAACUCUAUUAUUUGCUAUCUCAUUAUUAGCAAUUAAAAGAAUAAUGGUACUAUUAAAAUUACUACUAACAAAGUAGUUUACUUACUUGAAUUCCAAAAUGAUUUAUUUAGGUACUGUACCACUAUUUUGAAGAAAUUACAAAUAUAAUGUUUAUUUUCUCACUUCCCUUCUCUACUGUAGUUACAACUCAUUCCAUUUGGCAAUAGCUUCAUAGUCAACAAAUUCCUUGUUUUAUAUGAUCUUAAAUAACAAAAGGUGUGCAUUAACAUGUAAUGAAAGUAGCUGAUAAAUUUAAGUCAGAUACUAUAUUUGACAAGCCAAUCUCUAUAUAUUUAUUUUCCCAUUCUAAUUCCUAGAGUAUGCUUGCUUCCUGAAUCAACCCCCACAAAGUUUGAAUGGGUCAUUCAUACCUGGAAAUGUUUUAACAUGACAUACAUUAACCUAUGUAGUCGUCCAUCAGUCAAAAGACAUGCUAGCUGAUAUCAACCCAACUUCAUACCCCUCUCAGGAUGAUCUCUUUUCCACCCUCAUCUUUUGUUAUCAGAAUUUUAUCCCCUAAAAAGAUUGAGGCUGGAUAAUUCAAAGUUUUGAAAAUGUGUGUGAGUUUUGGUCUUUAACUUUCCGGGUCAGUCUUGCUGAGAUCAUGUAAUUAAUUUUACUGUGUAAAUUAACUCUUAAAUGCACUCAGUUGACAAAGAGGAGAUGUGUCCCUGUUACCUCCUUACAAAAUGUGUGUUUCUGUUUAUAGGGGUUUUUGUUUGUUUGUUUGUUUUCCUAUGGGCCUUUUAGCUUCAGGCUCAUGACUGCAGACAAAAAAUACAAUAUGUGCCUGAAAAAAAUAAAAAAGAUAAAAGAAUUUUAUAACAUUAAAAACCUGAAUAGCCUUUAAUUCUUCAAUAUCAGUUCAUUAUAUGUAAAACAGUUUUAGGGUUCUUUUUUUUUUUGCCAUGUGCAUUUGUUCACAUUUGUAAAUGACUUAAUGGAAUUCUCACUUUAUGUUUAUUUGUAAUGUGUAUAAAAUGGGUUUGUGACUUAAGCAUAUUCAUAUAUGGUCAGUGGUUACUUUAAUAUUGUACUGCUGCUGGUAACUUGAUGUAGAACCUGCCUUUUGAUGAUAAAGUACCUCUUGAUUAGACAGGGAGGGAAGGCUCUUUGAAAAAAAAAAAAUGAAUGUUUUCAAAUGUUUUCUUAACAUAUUUGCAAAAGCUUUCAAAAGGAGUUCCAGUCAAACCUCUUGGCAGUACAGUAUUCUUGUAUUUGUUAUUGUCUGUGUGUAGGUACUGGUACCUUUUUUGUUUAAAAAUGUUUUAAGUGUUGGCUUUAAAGUGAAUUUAUCUUUAGUAUGAUAGUAAUAUGAAAAUUAUAGGUUUCGUGUGCAGAGAAUUUUUUUAUAAAGUGCUUUGUAAAAAAAAUGUAUUCUAGCUUUCGCGGUACAUAUGUGUGAUAACUUUAAUAUCCAUGACAGUUAAGUGCAAUUAUUUCAUCACUCUAAAAAUGCUAUUUUUGUGUCGGUUACUGCAGGUGUUUUCAUGUCUUUGCAAAGUGACACAUUUUGAUGCCUUCUUGAUAAAGUGGUAGAAUUUUUGUAGCUUUCUAGAAACUUUGUAUUCAUACAGUAUCGAUUAAAAAUAAAGAAAAUGAAAGUG